CGUCUUUACACUACUCUUUGCCACUUCCCGCGGCCCUUCUCUCACCAGGACCGCCUUGUGUUUGUCGUGGUCCUUUGAGCCCUAAUAAUAACGAAAACGGACGCGACCGAGGGCGCAGUUACCACUUCCUUUGUUUCUCUCAGCCCGUCCAGCUCCACCCACUCCCCGAACCAGCACCACGAACCCACCAUCCGCUCAUCUCCCCACUAUGGCUACCGAUUUUGCCAUGGAUUCGCCGUUCGCAGCUGCGCUUCAGCAGGUCGUUCAGCCCAAGCUCGCCGAGUGCGGGUGGACUACCGGCGACGCAAACGACUCCACCCUGUUCGAGUACAUCCUCGCAAUGCUGUCCAACGGCAAGAACGAGUCGCAGAUCGCCUCCGAGCUUGCGAACGACCUCCUCGACCUUGGCCCUGACAACACCGAGACCCCUCAGUUUGCGCACUGGCUGUUCGAGCAGCUAGAGCUCCUCCGCCAACAACUGAAUGGCGCGAGCGGUGGUGGCGCCGAAGCUUCGCAACCAAAUGACAAUCGCGCCGACAGCGCCUCCAACAAUGUCUCGUUGUCUGCGCAAGAUACCGAGAUGGAAGGCGCUGGCGAACCUAACAUACCCACCGGACCCAAAGCCAUGCGCAACGGCAGCGGCAAUACCAGCGGCAGCGGUUCAAAGGGCCCGAAACGUAUGCUCAACCAACUCAACAGGCAGAUGGACCGGACUGCAUCGGCAUCUGACGACUCCCCGCUCCACCGCGUCCGAGGCUCGGCUGGUUCUGGCCGUAUUAACUCGCAUUCUUCGCGCGAUCCACCAAAGGGCCCCCGAAGCCAACAAGUAGGACGAGGACUCGCUGCAAUGGCUAAUGGCAGAAUGGGUAGCACCGGCGGAAUGGGCAUGGGCGGUAUGAAUGGUAUGAAUGCCAUGCCCAUGAACAACAUGGGAGGAAUGCCCCCAAUGCCAAUGCCCCCGGCCCAGAAUGGCAUGCCCGGUCUGCUGGACCCGCAGCAACAAAUGGCUCUCAUGCAGAUGUAUGAGCAGCAAGCCCGCAUGAUGCAGCAAAUUUUCUCCGGCCAAACGCCAUCUCCCUUUGUCAACCCGAACUUCCAACAUGGCAACCAGCGCGGGAACCGCAGCGGCCAAGGAAAGCCUCUCAGUGAGCGCAUCGACAAACCUUUUCAACCUGGCAACAAACAACGUCUUCCCCCGUCCACCAAAUUUUCCAAGAAGGAGGGACAGGAUGAAACCAUGACCGACACUGCACCGGGUGCCGAGAACGCUGAGGGCGCGUCAGCUAUGGAAGUCGACAAUGCUCGCUUCGAUCCCUCUCGGACGAUGUGUAAGUUCAAUCUGAGAUGCAGCAAGCUAGAUUGUCCCUUUGUGCAUCAAUCCCCUGCCGCAAACGAGGGACAGCCCGUAGACAUGGACGACACCUGCUCUUUUGGGGCGGCAUGUAUGAAUAGGAAAUGUGCAGGAAAACACCCUUCUCCAGCUCAGCGAACCCAGCACAAGGCCGAGACGGAUUGCGUGUUUUAUCCGAAUUGCAGAGACAUGGCCAAUUGCCCAUAUCGACAUCCGACCAUGCCGCCAUGCCGCAAUGGAGCCGACUGCACCACGCCUGGUUGCAAAUUCUUCCAUAGCCAGGUUAUGUGCAAAUUCAACCCGUGCACGAACAAUUAUUGCACAUUCAAACACACCGAGGGCCAGAAAAAGAUCGUCAAAGAUAAGGUGUGGGUAGCCCCGAAGAACGGAGAGGAGGGCAAGGAGCACGUUAGUGAGAGGAAAUUUGUAGCAGACGAUGCGGAGGAGGAGCUUAUUCUCCCGGGCAAGAUGGUUGAGGAUACCCCUAUUACCACCUAAUCGGGUUUGUGUGCAAUUGCGCUUGAUUAGUGAAGGUUGAAUUGGUGGGAAUAACGGCAGUUGGCGAGAUACAGAAAAACACAUGGUAUCUUUCUUCUAGGUGGGCUGUCGUACAACUUUGUAUUAUAUCUGGGAUUAGGAUAUUCACGGUUACGGCGUUGAUGAUCAGGGUGGUAUGGCAUUGGUUAGGCAUCGCUUCGGGGAUUGUCGAUCUGGAUGGCCUGCUCAUGAUGCGAGGCUCUUUUUUUUUCUGUGAAAUGGCGAUGAUUUUUCUUGCGGC